GUCUGAGAUUUAGAUAGAAGUCUCACAGUGGCACUCAGCAUACCAAACUCUCUUCUCUGGAGCAAGCUUCUACACAUCGGACCAUCAAUACCACAGACCAGCAAUCAUACCCCUGGAAUAAAAUAAUACGGAAUCACUUUAACGUGGUUGAUAGUCUCUGAAAUAGUUUUAUUCGGUUCAGCAGCGCACCCAUCAAACACUGAGGGAGAAUGGUGGAGGUGAGGAGGAUCUGUUGUAUUGGGGCUGGCUACGUGGGCGGUCCCACCUGCAGCGUCAUCGCCCAGAUGUGCCCUGAGGUGACGGUUACCGUGGUGGAUGUGAACGAGGACCGCAUCCGUGCCUGGAAUUCUGAUAGCCUUCCCAUCUUUGAGCCUGGACUCCAGGAAGUGGUGGACUCAUGCCGUGGGGUCAACCUUUUCUUCUCCACAGACAUUGAUGAGGCCAUAAAAAAUGCAGACCUGGUCUUCAUAUCUGUCAAUACGCCUACGAAGACAUUUGGGAUUGGUAAGGGUCGAGCAGCGGACCUGAAGUACAUAGAAGCAUGUGCCCGGCGCAUUGCCGACGUCUCCAGCGGCUGUAAGAUUGUUGUGGAGAAAAGCACAGUUCCUGUACGUGCUGCUGAGAGCAUCCGCCGCAUCUUCAACGCCAACACCAAGAGUAGCCUCAGCUUCCAGGUUCUCUCAAACCCAGAGUUUCUUGCUGAGGGAACAGCCAUCACUGAUCUGAAGAAUCCAGACAGGGUAUUGAUUGGGGGGGAUGAGACUCCUGAGGGCCAACAUGCUAUUCAGGCCUUGCGGAGCAUCUAUGAACACUGGGUCCCCAAGAACAAGAUCAUCACCACCAAUACCUGGUCCUCUGAGCUUUCCAAGCUGGCAGCCAAUGCCUUUCUGGCCCAACGUAUCAGUAGCAUCAACUCUAUCAGUGCCCUCUGUGAGGUAACCGGUGCUGAUGUGGAGGAGGUGGCGCAUGCCAUCGGGACAGACCAGAGAAUAGGCAGCCGCUUCCUGAAGGCCAGCGUGGGAUUUGGUGGCAGCUGUUUCCAGAAGGACGUCCUCAAUCUUGUGUACCUAUGCGAGGCAUUGAACUUACCUGAGGUUGCAAGAUACUGGCAACAGGUUAUAGAGAUAAAUGACUACCAGCGAAAACGAUUCUCCUCACGGAUAAUCAACUGCCUCUUCAACACAGUGACAGACAAGAAGAUAGCCUUGCUCGGAUUCGCUUUCAAGAAAAACACUGGCGAUACAAGGGAAUCCUCUAGUAUCUACAUCAGUCGCUACCUGCUGGAGGAGGGAGCCUGUCUACACAUCUAUGACCCCAAGGUUAAAGCGGAGCAGAUCAUGCACGACCUGACUCAGCCCACACCCUCAGAAAGACAUGACCCCGCCACAGUUUCUCGUCUAGUCACCAUCGUCACUGACCCAUACAAGGCUUGUGAGAACGCCCAUGCAAUUGUGAUCUGCACAGAGUGGGAUGUGUUCACGGAGCUGGACUAUGAGAGGAUCCAUAAAGCCAUGCUGAAACCUGCCUUCAUCUUUGACGGCAGAAGGAUCUUGGACAGCUUGCACGACCAACUCCAGCAUAUUGGCUUCCAGGUGGAGACUAUUGGGAAAAGAGUUAACCAAAGAAUCCCCUUCACUGCCAGUGGCGACAGGUCAGAAAUGGACCAACCGCAACAAUUGAAGAAGAUCAAACUGUGAAGUGUUCUUACGGGACAGGAGCGUCAGAGCCGGCUCCGUGCAGUAAUAUAUUAAACCAAGUUAUCAUUUUGCUGUAAUAUAUUAAAUCAGUUGUUUCAGCACCCGCAUCAACUUGAUAGGAUGACUUCAAACAAAUAAUGAUGUUAGCUACAAUGAAAGAAAGGCCUGGAUAAUGUUUGCGUCAGGGUUGAUGACCUUGUUUGUCGUCUACAUGCCACAACAAUAUCCCUUCAACCUUAUGCUUCAUUUCUUUGUUUUGUGCAUGUUGGACAACUACAAGGGUUUGGAUGUUUUACUUACACAAGGGGUAAAGCAACUUAAACUGAUUUCAUAUGUUUCUGUAUUUGCCCCUUUUCAAGUUUUCUGCCUAAAAGUAUUCCUGUAUUGAAAGCAUUUUUUAGAUGACAGAUUCCACUUUUCUUACUAAAGAUUAUGUAUUUAGUUUUGAUUAAUUUCAAAGCAAUUUUUAUACGAGAUGGUGCUGGUUGAAUGUGAACUUAAGCGGUGUGAGUGUGAACAUGAAACCGAUAAUGCAAUAUUAUAAUUAAAUGUAUUUUUAUGCAUGAACUCUGUAAAGGAAAACAUUUAUCUAUAGUUUUUACAUGCAGAAUAAAAAGCAUUUUUAGUA